AUGGCAGAGCUGGUGAAGCAUUUCUCCCACGACUGCCCGUUGACUUCACCAGAGACCGUCUCAGAUGGUGUAUGCAACAGUUGCUUCAAAGAAAAACCUGUAGAAUUCUCCUGCAAUCCUUGUAAGUUCGAUCUCUGUAAACCUUGCUCCUAUUUGCCUCAGAAAGUUUCACACGAUUUUCACGAACACCCUCUAGAGUUUUGUCUUCGUGAAUACGACCAGAAACCCGAUUACAUCGUAUGUUAUGGUUGUGGAAACAUGUCUUCUGGAUCUUUCUACCAGUGUAAGGACUGUGAGAUCUACUUGGAUCUUGAUUGUGCGAUUCAUGAUAAUAUCUUUAGAGGUUGGGAAUCCAAAGAAAUCCUCCAUUACAGCCAUUGCCACUUGCUUAGAAAGAGUCGACCAGGGCCAGAUGUGAGAGGAUCUUGCCUUCUCUGUGAGCUUACUCUCUCUCCCUCUUCUGUUUGUUAUGGUUGUGUUCAUUGUUACUUGUUCUUCCACGUGGGUUGUCUUGAUCUUCCGAUGGAGAUUCAACAUCCUGUGCAUCCGUCGCAUGCUAUUAGACGCCUUGAUUAUACACAAACUCUUGGUGAUGGAACAAACUGUGAUGCGUGUGGAGAAGAUAUCUCCGGUGUUCCUUUGGGUUGCUUACAAUGCAAGUUUAAUCUUCACUUGAGGUGUGCAGAUUCUUUGUUGCGAGGCUUGGUUCACAAGUCUCAUGGGCACAAGUUGUUUUAUGUAUCUACUAAUGCUUACAGAGUUUUUGGAGAAGAUAGUAUGUGCCAAAUAUGCAUGAAAACCGAUGUCAUCUCUCUUUACUCUUAUUAUCGAUGCGUGGAAUGUGGUUUGAAGUUUCAUUUCGAGUGUCUUGAGAUACUUGAGUCUGUGGUCAAGAAAUCUCUUCACAUUCAUCCACUUGUGUGUGUUGCUGCACUUGGGUUAGGAAAAGCCGGAGGUGAAACUGUAGCUGAGAUGGUUAAGGCAUACAGAGAAAGACGAGAUUUCUUGGUUAAAACCCUUGGUGCGAUCCAAGGCGUCAAGAUCUCUGAACCUCAGGGAGCUUUUUAUCUCUUUAUUGAUUUCAGCGCUUGUUAUGGAUCAGAAGCUGAAGGUUUUGGUUUGAUCAGUGACUCUUCGUCUCUUGCAUUAUAUUUUCUUGAAAAGUUUCAGGUUGCAAUGGUUCCCGGUGAUAUUUGUAUUCGGAUAUCUUACGCCAUGUCACUCGACGUUCUUCGAGUCACAGUUGAGAAAAUCACGAAACCCCUUGAGCCACUCCGUGCCACUGUCUCCGUUUAA